AUGAAUCAAGCUGCAGACAUGUACUACUCCCAACACAUGUCUGCUGGCCAGGCCCCGCCUCCGCAGACCGUCACCUCGGGCGCCAUGGCACAUUAUCAACAUCAGCAGCCCCCGCUGCUGCAGCCCGGACCGGGACAGUACUCCAACCAACCCCAGUACAACCAGUACGGGUACAGCAACGGCUUGACGUCUCCUUCGGCCGCACCGCCUGGAUCGAACCCCAUGGCGCAGCCGCAGAACGUGCUGCCCCUGCCGGGCGUUCCUGGUCAGCCCAACAUUGGACAACCGUACACCGGCUUUGAUACCACCGGCCAGCACCCGCCUCCGGGCAUGAAACCUCGCGUGACGGCAACCUUGUGGGAGGACGAAGGCAGCCUUUGCUUCCAGGUCGAAGCCCGUGGCAUCUGCGUCGCAAGGCGUGAAGACAACCACAUGAUCAACGGUACCAAGCUUCUGAACGUGGCUGGCAUGACGCGCGGUCGACGUGACGGCAUCCUGAAGAGCGAAAAGGUUCGCCAUGUGGUCAAGAUAGGUCCUAUGCACCUGAAGGGCGUCUGGAUCCCUUACGACCGGGCGCUCGACUUUGCCAACAAGGAAAAGAUCACGGAAAUGCUGUAUCCGCUCUUCGUCCACAACAUCGGCGCUCUCCUCUACCACCCGUCGAACUCGACCAGGGCCACUCAGAUCAUGCCGACGACAGAUCGUCGAAAGGAGCCGGCGCAGGUGCGAAACAACACGGCCGGUCUGCCGUCCCUUCACCAUCACCAUCACGGUCUGGGUCUUCCUGGUCCGCAAUCCUCGCACGCGCCGCAGACCAACAUGGCUCGGCCGCAGCUUGACCGCGCACCCGCCUUCCCGACGUCGUCGACGGGCGCUUCGGCUGUGAUGGGCAGCAUGGGACCUUCUGACAGCUUCGGCUGGCAAGGACAAGGCAUGAAUGGUGGCCAGGGUAAGAUUUCGCUCUCCGCACGCUCGCUGGGGGCAGCCAUCUCGGUCCUCGAUGUUGACUGUUUCCCAGCAACCACGCCGCCAGGGAGCUCGAUGGCCAGUAUGCAAUCGUACCCAUCUGGAGCACAAGGCUAUGACGGCACUCGCCAGUUGUACAACGGAGCUGCGUCGCAGCAGUCGGCCUACCAGAACCCGACAAACGGGACCCAGGACCGGCUGUACGCGCAGCCUAGUCCUUAUCCCAAGAGCGAGAUGGGACCUCCUUCGAGCCGCACCGCUGUCGGCGGGACUCAUGGCGACCAUCAUGACGGCAAGCAGUCCAACGGUAUCAUGCACCAAGAGCAAGCACCUCAGCAGCAAGCCGGGGAAGAUGAGGUGGAUCACGAGCAUGAGGCAGAAUACACCCACGACAGCGGCGCCUACGACACCUCGCGCACGUCUUACAACUACACAGCUCCCGGAGUCGGCUCGUUGGUGAGCGAUGGCAACAUGGCCUCCGACUUGACGGGCUCGCCGAGCCACCCGCCAAGCUCGGGCCGCGCCACGCCCCGGACUGCCGCCCCUCAGUCGUACUACCAGCAGCACCAGGGCUACUGCACACCCCCUCGCCUGCAGUCCUCGAGCAGCCUCUACAACGUGAUGACCAAUGAUCGCGCACCUCUGAAUGGGGCCGCGGGCGGCGACGUGUACGCGCCGCCGGCUGACAUGACCAGCUCCCUCGCCAACGGCUACGCGGCGCCGGUCAUGAACGGCUCUGGUGGCGGCAUGAAACGAGGUCGCGACGACGACGACGACCUAUCGCGAGGUGGCGAUGCUGCGGGAGGCUUGGGCGGCCUCGAUAUCAAGCGGCGCAAGACGAUGCUUGAAUCAGCCGCAUCAGCUCCCGCCUUUGACGCCCUUAGCCGACCCGCUUCGGCCAUCGCGACCUCUGCAAGAAGAUGA